ACGGACCACUGACGGACAGCCAGGCUAAACAAAUUCGAAUCAGGAAUUUGUGAACGACAGCGGAAUUACAUACAAAUCUGGUGGCAGAGUGAACCCGUCGCUCACAGGAUUUAUACUCCUAUUUUCAAGGUCCAAUUUAUAUCAGCAUUACGUGCGUAUCGUCACUGACGCAACUACAUAAACAACAACAAUUAGAAUGGCUUCGAGGUCGCCGUCGUCCUCCCCGGACACUGCGACAGGCUCAGGUACCGACCCAGCUCGCCCAGACACAGGUGAGCCGCUGGGCGGUGCGGGGUCGGACUCCGACUCGGAUAUAGGCUUGGGUAAAUUUGACUGUCGGGAGAUGGAAGCGGGCGAACGUCUGGAAGGCGAGGAUUUGGAGCGGGAGUUCGAGUCUGCUGCUGAGCGAGUCGGUGGUCUGGUGCAAACUGCAAGCAGAGACCAGUUGCUCUACCUGUAUGCUCGAUAUAAGCAGGUCAGAGUUGGAAAGUGCAAUACAACAAAGCCUGGGUUCUUUGACUUUGAAGGACAGAGGAAAUGGCAGGCGUGGAAGCAGCUCGGCGAUAUGGAGGCUGAAAAGGCCAUGAGGGAGUAUAUUUCCUGUGUGAAUGUUUUAGACCCCGACGGCUGCCAGAGGGAAAGACGAGGAGCUGAAAGGAGGACAGGCUUUGGAGGAGCGGCGGUCAGCUCACUAUACCAGGAGGAGACGAUCAGGGAAGAAGAUAAGAACAUUUUUGAUUACUGCAGAGAAAAUAACAUUGAACAUGUCACCAAGGCCAUCAACACUGAGAAAGUGGAUGUCAAUUCUAAGGAUGAAGAGGGUCGAGCUCUGCUUCACUGGGCCUGUGACCGGGGACACAAGGAGCUGGUGUCAGUAUUGUUGCAGCACAAAGCAGACAUCAACAGUCAAAACCUUCCUUGUGUGGUUCCGGUCUCUGUAGUGGUCCGCAUCAGGCAAAUAUGGACCCAGAAAGAAACAUUGUAAACAGACUCAGCUCUCAUCUGAUCCAAGGGAUUAUUCAGGUUGCUAAAAUUUUAAUAGCUUUAGUUGUGUUUAUUAAUGUGCCAAUAUGCUAUAUGUGAUUAAGAUUUAGUUACAGACCUUCUCACUCUGUCUCUUGAUCUAUGUCUGGGGCUCUCACCUCCUAAUGGUUCAGAACUCAGCAGUGAGUCUUCAAACUGGUGACGGCGCUUCUCUCCAGUGUACUGCACUGGCUCCUUCUAAACCUUUGAAUAGAGUUUAAGAUACUGUUGAUCACUUUUAAAGCUAGUUUUGUGCUGGCUCCUGAGUUCAUAGUAGAAAUGCUGACCCCAUACAAGGCAAUCAGGUUUGUCAUUGCUUGACAUCAAUCUUGGGGCUACAGCCUCUCUGUCAGGGAUCCUCGACUCUGUAUCUCCCCGCCAGAGGUGAUCCAUAGCACAUAACUGUAAAACAACUUCAUUUUCCUAUGUACAUGAUAUCAUCUGUUUUCCUACUAAUAGCGUUCUUGACAGUUCCAUAUGAAUAUUAUUAGUCAAACUAUAAAAAUGCUGGUGAUGCUAAGCCAGCUUUUACAUGGAGAUCCAGUUAAAGAUACCUGCGACUUUCAACAAUUAACUGUGUGAGAAUGAGCGGUGCCCCAGCUGUGAUGAGUUUAAAAUUGGUUCUGGCUUCAAGAUUGACCCAACAUUUAUUUCACGUAAACAAUACGUGAGAUACCUUGUCUUUGGGAGAUAGUGCUGUGGUGGUUUGCACCGUUGAAUCCAGACAGAACAAUGGCCAGAAUAUAUGAUAUAAAGGCACUUUGUAAGAGGUUUUUUCCCCAAAAAAUAUAUUAGUUUUAUUUAGCUUUUGGCACACUAUUUACAGAUAAAAUGGCCAUGACUCAUUCAAGGAGAGAAAAUGUGUAUAAGGGGCGUUUAAUAAAGAUCUCCAACGCAAAACCUCACUUUGCCUGCCUUUGCUUUAGAACAUUAAGACACAGUUGUUGAUAUGACUGAAGGAUUCCCUUCAUUUUUUGUGGAAUGGGCUUCCAGUCAAAGCUCCUGUCAGCAUCCUUGUGCAUGUUUGAAUCCCGUAUGCAGGAGAGGAACGCAGAACACAAAUAAGAAAAGUUUAGUUUUACGCUGAGGGAAAAAAAAAAGACAGAUUUGCCGGACACUUUAAUAGAUCUGUCCUCUAUGCUCCGACAGCGGCGAACCGUAUUCAAUGCUGAGUGUUUAUUGGACAAACAGAGGAAGGUUAGGGUUGUUCAGAGCCACCCAUAAUCUCCCCUGACCUCCAGCCACUGCUGAGCUACCAGUAAAUAAAGAUCAAACAUGAUUUAUGCUUAAUUUGUUGAUUAAAAAAAAGGGGCGGGGGGACUUCAGAGUUACUACAAAAAGUAUUAUUUGCCUUGCGAAGGACAGAAAUGGUUUGAAAUUAAUCAACUGAUUGUUUUAGCAAAUUGUUCGCAAACCCUGCUAACCUGCAUUAAGAGCUGGUUUGAUAGUUAAUCCUGGAUCAAGACGGAGGGGAGUACAAUAGACGUGUGUUUGUGUGGCCGCACAGAUCCCAGCGCUGCCACCUGCCCCCUGCGCACCCCGGUGUCGGUGCCGUACGUUAAGCUCCGUCCUCUCUGUUUCGCUGCCCGGCCGCUCUCGCAGGAGGGAAAGUGGGACAGCUCAUUUAAUAAUGGAAAUUAAGGCUUAGCUUUGCCUGCUGUGUGCUAAUAUGUUUUGAAGAGACUUAAUGAGGCGGAAGUUUGGGGCAUUCCAUCAUGUCGCACUACAGACCGUCAGACUCCUUUGUUAUGAAGCGGUUAUUGCCAGCAAUACUUUUGAAUACACGAGCAGCCAUUUUUGGAUUGUGUGUCCUACUGUUUGGGAGAAGUUGCCCAAGAUUCCCUGUCAUUUCCCUAGUCGUUUUUUGUUUGCAAAGUUUUGACUGGAAUAGUUUUCCACUGCCAACUGAAACUUAACUUACCGACCGCAUAACAUUAAAAAAAGUUUUAAACUUUGGGCUUAAACUGUGUAUGACUUUUAAACGAUGAGUACGUGACUACGCCAAGAUAUUUGUUGUUUAGUGUCGUCUGGUGAAAGAGUGGCCAAGCAUUUUGUGUGAUGAGGUCGGUAUAUGAUCCCUCUGUUGAGAUGAAGCAAUACAGUCAGGAUAGUGAAGUACAGCAUAACUUCGCCUGUGUAUCCGCAGGUGUCUUGUGAUAUGAUACAUAUUGCAAUACAGAGUUGUGAUACAAUAUAUAAAGAUAUAUUCCAAAACUGUUUCAACAAUAUAAUGUCAUUCAAGCCAUCAUUUUAAGGGGAAAAAUCAGGUGAUGCAAUACAAUAUGAUUUUAUUAUGACGUCAGUCCAGUAAGACUUUCAAUUCAAUUUCACACUCCAACAAUGAAUCAUUCGUACAAAACAAAUGUUACUACUAAGCACAUAACAAAUUAUUACAUUACAAAUAUCUGUAUAUUAAAUAUUGAUUUAGACAACUUAAAAUACCAUGACAAUGUCACACAAUCAGGUAAUGUGAUAUCAAUACAAUAUCACUCAAUCAAGUAUUGCAAUAUCUCAGCAAAAAUAUCAAUUCAAUAUCACUCAAUCAAGUAUUGCAAUAUUUCAGCAAAAAUAUCAAUACAAUAUCGCACAAUCAAAUAUUGUGAUAUUUGAGUAUAUUGAUAUUAUAUUCCACCCAUAGUACAACUACUGUGCUGUAAAGUGCUGCAGGAAACCCUGGACAGUAGUGUGCACAAAGUCCAAAACAAGGCAGCAGUGUCACAGAUUUCCAAACUUCCCAGGUUCUUCCCAGCAUCUUUAACCUUUCAGUCCCAUCACUUCAUGGUGAAUGUUAUAAUGUGAGCUGCUCGAUCUCAUGAAGCAGAAUUCAGGAUGACAAACUGCGCUGCUAUUGUUCUCUCUGCUCCCCCUGUGGUCAUUAAUGGUCCAGGCCAUGUAAUCCCACACCAGCAGCUAAUCCCCGUCCCACAC